UCCAGACCUACUCCCUCCAACCCGACGUAUUCCAUCAUCCUCAGCAUUCCCGCCAUCCUUUCCGUUUCGCAGGGCUAAUGCUUCUUGUCAUACGUGUCACUGCAAAAUCACCACAUUCUUUCUGCAUCAGACGCCCCCAAAAUUGACCGGCCACUAUCCUUCCACGCCCAUCUGAAAGCAACUCAUAGAUGCCGCGACUAGCACAACCGCCGUGUUCUUAGCCCACUUCAUUCCGACUCUUUCAUUGAGAGCUGCAUCAAAACGUUCCGUCAAAACUCUGUCGAAAGAAUAGGGCCGACGUAUUCUCUCCAGUAACGUCGCACCGGAAGUCGUUCUGCUCGAACCCCAAUUACCUGCUGCAAGGCUUCGUCUGAAUCGGUCCUUGACGUGCCGUCUAUGCAACGGCCCUCCAGCUGCGAGAUAACGCCGCUUCGAGUUCUCACGCGGCUAGCUGCGUAUUCUCCCAUCUGAUAAACCGCGGAAAUUUGGUCUUGGUUGUCGAGUAUACGGGACUUGCGCAGCCAUGACAACACCGCCCGUCUGGCGACGGCUGCCUGUGCCCACUUCAGCCGAUCUGCCCAAACUAUUGGUAUCGACAACGUUCACGGCUACAUCAUACACACUCUUCGUUACAGACCUGGCCAACAUAUGGUCUGAAUCGUUGGAUCGGCGUGCAAUCUACAAGCGCAGCCUCAAUGAGUCUACCAGUAUCGACCCGACGGACAGCGACAGCAACAUGCGAGCUUUCCUGUCCAAGAUUCAAUCUGUCUUUGAUCCAAGCCACCGAGACCAUGACAAAGCAUCCAUGUCGAUAUCAACACGCUCUAACAAGGAAGCUGGGGAGCAGGGUCUGACAUUGAGUAUUACGUGCGAGCUGGACAACAUGCAACCUCUAGAAUGGCCGGUGUAUCUGCAAAAGUGUCCCCAGUCAGAGCUCACGACAGAACUUGUCGUACCCCUCGCACAAGCAAACUCUGUGAGCCGCCGGCGAGUGGAGUCCCUUACAGAAACCAUCAAGCAGAAGGAUGCCGUUAUCAUGAAGCUUCUGGACAAAUUGGAGGCUACCGGGACUCGUCUUGAGAACGUUUUCGCCGUCUUGUCAGCAAAACAGAAGCCCACGAGAAAGAUGGCAGAGGAAAAGGUCAAGGGUUUGGCUCCCUUUUCUCUCGAGGAUUGGAAGGCGCAGUCAGACCACGGCCCGGAGGACGUUCUCGGUGCUAUUGAGAGUGUCUUUGGCGGCGAUGGACUCGAGUAUAGUCGCAAGGCUGACGUGGACACCGCAACACCUCUUGACGACUGGUGGGCCAAGCCAGAAGCGUUAUGUAUUCCGAUUGUGGGACCAAAGUCGAGGUCCCGUUCAAGCCAGCCGGCAAUGCCGCCUCCCGAAUCCGAGCGAGAGGGGUAUGGUCACAGCGAGCCGGCAAACAAAGGGAUUGCGGGAGAGGAUCAGGACGAUGAUUUCCAAGUGCAGUCGACGCCUCCCCAUCUUAUGCCCACCCGGAAACGUUCCGUCCCGCCGCUCUCCGCACGCGACGACGAUAGCACUGAAGACGAAGACGAAUCUCACAUUCCAGACAGCGUACCUGUACCUCUUGAUGAACCCAUCAUUCAAUCUAACCGUCUGGGUACGAUAGGAAAGAAAGGCCAGCCUUCGACAGCAACGAGAUCUUCAGGCUUGAAGGCUCCUGUGCCAGCUGCUCCAGGCUCGGAUACUGAAACGGCAUCUGAAGACGAAAGUGCAGUAUCGGUAGUUGAGGUCUCGCCACCACCAAAGCCUGCCGCGAGUAAAAUCAAAGGGGGCUUAGGUCGUAUCGGCGGUGGUCGUGCCAGUCGCUCAAAGACUCCAGAAUCUCCGAAGAAAGGGGCUUUAGGCCGCAUUGGUGGCGACCGUCAACCUACUAAAUCACCAGAGCCAUCUAAGAAGACUGGUUUGGGCAGGAUAGGCAGAGGCACGCGCCCAUCGAAGACUCCAGAGCCGAAGACCGAAGAUGCGGAAACCAGGGGAAGACCUACAGCGGACGAGGAGCCUUCGGCGAAGCCCAGGGAGACGUCACAGGAACGGGCAGAUCGGAAACGAGAUGAACUACAGCAAGAGAUACAGAAAAAGGCCACGUCGGGACCAGCACGGAAGAAGCGGAAGUUCUAGAUCGACCCUAGUCUCAAAUCUUACAUCUCCAUGUCACUCGAAGCUACCUCAUCACUGAACAUCUUUUCGGCCCUUUGGCAAGACUGUAAUUAGGUGAUAUCGAAAGCGAUGGCGGCUGCUACCUUUAGACGGACAACACCCGACUGGUAGCCUAUUUGGGAGAAGAAGACAUCAGCGUGACAAGGC